GUAACGUCUGAAACUCGUGUGUGGAAGAAAGAGACUUUUAGCCUAAGUUUGGGUAGAAAUGGUUGAUUGGAGUCCGAUAGCGAAGGUGUACGACCCGCUGAAAGCUGGCAGCAUCGACGGGACGGACGUGGAGCCCCAUGACCGGGCGGUAUGGAGGGCUAUGGGUGCCCGAUACAAGCCUAACAAGGGUGUUGUUGGAGACCCGCUGCUCACUCUGUUUGUGGCUCGUUUGAACCCCCAGACAACCGAAGAUAAACUCUAUCAAGUGUUCUCCAAGUACGGAGACAUCCAGCAGCUCCGACUGGCCCGGGACAUCGUCACGGGCUUCUCCAAACGAUAUGCCUUCAUUGAAUACAAGGAGGAGCGGUCUGUUGUCCGGGCCCGCCGGGACGCGAACAAACUGGUGGUGGAUCAGCACGAAGUGUUUGUGGAUUUUGAACAGGAGAGGGCGCUUAAAGGAUGGGUCCCGCGUCGGCUCGGCGGCGGGCUGGGAGGGAAGAAGGAGUCCGGACAGCUGCGGUUCGGUGGCAGGGACAGGCCGUUCCGUAAACCCAUUAACCUCGGUGUCGGCCUGGUGCAGGAACGGGGAGGUGGUGGAGGUGGAGGGAGAGAGUGGGACAGACAAGGGGCGAGAGACAGGGAGGACCGGGACCGAUACAGAGAGGCUGAGUGGGGCGGCAGAUCGAGGAGGGAUGAGCGGGACAGAGGCAGAGAGAGGGAUGACCGCAGACACGGUGACAGGAGCAGGCACAGGGACAGAAGAUGAAGCCCGUAUUGAUCAUCCAAAUUACUGAUCUCACCUGGUGCACAUGAAGCUUGAUGCUUUGAUGCACAGUCCAGCUGCCUGCCUCCAAUGGAGAACUUUUAACCCAAGACAGUAAAGGAAAGUGUGACUGUUGAGGCUUGUAGCACUGGUCUAUGGAAAGAGCUAUAACAGAUGACCCUCUUAUGGUAUCAUGAUAUCAGUUUGGCUUGAUGUUCAGUAGAUGCUGGACCGGGUAUUUUCAGCUGGUACUCUUCAGCAUUUCUGACUUAGUAGGCCUUCAUACUUUUGUAGUGUGCACUGAGCAAUAAAACCCAUGUUCUAUUUAACUAUAUUUUUUAAAUAAAUUCACUAAUUUUUUUUUAUUAUGUUGAUGUCCAGCCAGGUGAAGCCCAUAAGCUGUAAAAAAAAAAAAAA